GGAGAGGGACAGAGGCACAGAGAACUUCUCACACGGACAGAGAACAAGCAGGCAUGAAGCUUGCCCUCAUCCCUCACCUGCUCUUGCCCAUCAUGUUCCUGACAGGUCUGUGCUUCCCCUUUAAUCUGGAUGUGCAUCGCCCACGCCUAUUCCCAGGGCCACCCGAGGCUGAAUUUGGAUAUAGUGUCUUACAACAUGUCGGGGGUGGACGUCGAUGGAUGCUGGUGGGUGCCCCCUGGGAUGGGCCUUCAGGUGACAGAAGAGGGGACGUUUAUCGCUGCCCUGUAGGGGGUUCCCACAGUGCUCCAUGUGCCAAAGGCCACUUGGGUGACUAUCCACUGGGAAAUUCAUCUCAUCCUGCUGUGAAUAUGCACCUGGGAAUGUCUCUACUAGAGACAGACAAUGAUGGGGGAUUCAUGGCUUGUGCCCCUCUCUGGUCUCGUGCUUGUGGCUCAUCUGUCUUCAGUUCUGGGAUAUGUGCCCGUGUAGAUGCUUCAUUCCGGCCCCAGGGAAGCCUGGCACCCACCGCACAACGCUGUCCCACCUACAUGGAUGUUGUCAUUGUCUUGGAUGGCUCCAAUAGCAUCUACCCGUGGUCUGAAGUUCAGACUUUCCUACGAAGACUGGUAGGGAGAUUGUUUAUUGACCCAGAGCAGAUACAGGUGGGACUGGUACAGUAUGGGGAGAGCCCUGUGCAUGAGUGGUCCCUGGGAGAUUUCCAAACAAAGGAAGAAGUGGUGAGGGCAGCGAGGAACCUGAGUCGGCGAGAGGGACGAGAAACAAAGACUGCCCAAGCAAUCCUGGUGGCCUGCACAGAAGGAUUCAGUCUGUCCCAUGGGGGCCGACCAGAGGCUGCCAGGCUGCUGGUGGUUGUCACUGACGGAGAGUCACACGAUGGGGAGGAGCUUCCUGCAGCACUCAAGGCCUGUGAGGCUGGAAGAGUGACCCGCUAUGGGAUCGCGGUCCUUGGCCACUACCUCCGGAGGCAGCGAGACCCCACCUCUUUCCUGCGGGAAAUCAGGAUGAUUGCCAGUGAUCCAGAUGAGAGAUUCUUCUUCAAUGUCACAGAUGAAGCUGCGCUGACUGACAUUGUGGAUGCACUAGGAGACCGGAUCUUUGGCCUUGAGGGGUCCCAUGGAGAAAAUGAAAGCUCUUUUGGGCUGGAAAUGUCUCAGAUUGGUUUCUCUACUCAUCGGCUAAAGGAUGGGAUUCUCUUUGGAAUGGUGGGGGCCUAUGACUGGGGGGGCUCCGUGUUAUGGCUUGAAGAAGGUCACCACCUUUUCCCCCCACGGACAGCCUUGGAAGAUGAGUUCCCCCCUGCUUUGCAGAACCACGCAGCCUACUUGGGUUACUCUGUUUCCUCCAUGCUUUUGUGGGGUGGACGCCGCCUCUUUCUCUCAGGGGCUCCUCGGUUUAGACAUAGAGGAAAGGUCAUCGCCUUCCAGCUUAAGGAAGAUGGGGCUGUGAGGGUUGCCCAGAGCCUCCAGGGGGAGCAGAUUGGCUCCUACUUUGGCAGUGAGCUCUGCCCGUUGGAUACGGAUGGGGACGGAAUAACGGAUGUCUUACUUGUGGCUGCCCCCAUGUUCCUGGGGCCCCAGAACAAGGAGACGGGGCGGGUUUAUGUGUAUCUGGUGGGUCAGCAGUCCUUGCUGACACUCCAGGGAACACUUCAGCCGGAACCCCCCCAGGAUGCUCGGUUUGGCUUUGCCAUGGGUGCCCUUCCUGAUCUGAACCAAGAUGGUUUUGCUGAUGUGGUCGUGGGGGCACCCCUGGAGGAUGGGCACCACGGAGCACUGUACCUGUAUCAUGGCACCCGGAGCGGGCUCAGGCCCCGGCCCGCCCAGAGGAUUGCUGCCGUCUCCAUGCCACAGGCCCUCAGCUACUUUGGCCGGAGUGUGGACGGCCGGCUGGAUCUGGAUGGAGAUGACCUGGUAGAUGUGGCUGUGGGUGCCCAGGGGGCAGCCGUCCUGCUCAGCUCCCGGCCCAUUGUCCACCUGGCCCCCUCACUGGAGGUGACCCCGCCAGCCAUCAGUGUGGUUCAGAGGGACUGCAGCCGGCGAGGCCAGGAGGCAGCCUGCCUAUCUGCCGCCCUUUGCUUCCAAGUGACCUCGCGCACGCCUGGCCGCUGGGAUCGUCGAUUCUAUUUGCGGUUUACAGCAUCCCUGGAUGAGUGGACGGCGGGGGCACGUGCUGCGUUUGAUGGCUCUGGCCAGAGGCUGUCCCCUCGGAGGCUCCGGCUCAGCGCCGGGAAUGUCACUUGUGAGGCGCUACACUUCCAUGUGCUGGAUACCUCAGAUUACCUCCGGCCCCUGGCCUUGACUGUGACCUUUGCAUUGGACAACACCACAAAGCCAGGCCCUGUGCUGGAUGAAGGCUCACCUACCUCCAUACAAAAGCUGGUCCCCUUCUCAAAGGAUUGUGGCCCUGACAAUGAAUGUGUUACAGACCUGGUGCUUCGAGCUAAUAUGGACAUCAAAGGCUCCAGGAAGGACCCGUUCGUGGUUCGAGGAGGUCGGCAGAAAGUGUUGGUGUCAGCAACUCUGGAGAACAGGAAGGAAAAUGCCUACAACACUAGCCUGAGUCUCAGCUUCUCUAGAAACCUCCACCUGGCCAGUUUCACGCCUCAGAGGGACAGCCCAGUGAAGGUGGAAUGCACCGCCCCUUCGCCUCAUGUCCGGCUCUGCAGUGUGGGGCACCCUGUCUUUCAGACCGGAGCCCAGGUGACCUUCCUGCUGGAGUUUGAGUUUAGCUGCUCUUCGCUCCUGAGCCAGGUCCUUGUGAGGCUGACUGCCACCAGCAAUAGCCUGGAGAGAAAUGGGACCCUUCAAGAUAACACAGCCCAGACCUCAGCCUACAUUCAAUAUGAGCCCCACCUCCUAUUCUCCAGUGAGUCCACUCUGCACCGCUAUGAGGUCCACCCAUACGGGACCCUCCCAGUGGGUCCCGAAUUCAAAACCACUCUUAGGGUUCAGAACCUUGGCUGCUAUGUGGUCAGUGGCCUCAUCAUCUCGGCCCUCCUUCCAGCUGUAGCCCAUGGGGGCAAUUACUUCCUGUCAUUGUCUCAAGUUAUCACUGACAAUGCAAGCUGCGCAGUAGAGAACCUGACCGAGCCCCCAAGGCGCCCUGUGCACCCAGAGGAGUUUCAGCACACAUACAGACUGAACGGGAGUAACACUCGGUGUCAGGUUGUGAGGUGUCAUCUUGGGCGACUGGCAAAGGGGACCGAGGUCUCUGUUGGACUACUGAGGCUGCUUCACAAUGAAUUUUUCCGGAGGGCCAAAUUCAAGUCUCUGACAGUGGUCAGCACCUUUGAGCUGGGAGCUAAGGAGGGCAGUGUCCUACAGCUGACAGAAGCCUCUCGUUGGAGUGAGAGCCUGCUGGAGGUGAUUCAGACCCGCCCUGUCCUCAUCUCCCUGUGGAUCCUCAUUGGCAGUGUCCUGGGAGGGCUGCUCCUACUUGCUCUCCUUGUCUUCUGUCUUUGGAAGCUUGGCUUCUUUGCCCGAAAGAAAAUCCCCGAGGAAGAAAAAAGAGAAGAGAAAUAGGAGCAAUGAAUGUAUAAUAAAGCCCUAGAAAGUCCUCUUGGCAGCUUCUCCAAAAGACUUGCCUAAGAGCCAUGGUCUGGGGGCUCAGAUGGACAAGAAAAGCCUCUGGACUGUCUUCCCAGACUUGCAGACUGACUUGAGUUUUGAGUCUUGAGCAUGCUGCUGGCAAGAGAUGAGGCCUUACCUCAGAUGAGAAGGGCUGGCGCCCAAACCAGAAACACUCUCCCCCUGUGCUUCCCUCCUCAUGAUCCUGCUGCCACAGCCAACACUGGGGCCUUGGUUGGGGGCCCCCUUUUUCCUUCUCCCCAGGAAUCAAGACUUUUUUGCCUAGGUUCCCUGACUCCUCUUAGAUUCCCCCGACAUCCUCCCUCAAAUUUGGAAAGGAUGAGGGCGAUCUUCCUCCAUUCCCUGCCUCUCACCUUCCUGCCUGCUCCCCACUCCACAGAAGGGAGCUGACGUUGGCUUCGAAAAGUAAAGUCAACAUCUGCUUCUUUCCUGUGGAGUCCAGUGAUUCAGAGAGCCGGAUGGGGAGAGUCAACAGGAAACAAGGAGGGAGGAAGAAAAGCCACAAGAGACAUUCUGUACAAUUCCAAGGAACAGAGAAGCCUUUAGACGGGCAACUGCCAUCCCCCUGAAACCUGAGACUUCGUGGUACACUAGCCCGCCCUCAGGUGCCUGGGAAACCGAGCUGCUCCAGGCCUCCCGGGCCUGGGUUUCCCAGCUCAGCGCCUUCCCUGGGAGCGAAGCCAGGGUCGGGUGCCUGAUGCUCCGGAGCCAGGGGCCCCCAGGUGGCUAGAGCUGGGAUAGCAGAGAAGAGUCCCGGUGGUUCGGUCCCGACCAGUGGAGAGAGUUGGAUACCCUGGGCGGUGUUUUCUCCUCUCUCGGGCCUCACACACUCAUGAGCCCUCCUUGGGGCUACCUUAUAGAAACUAGAGAGAAGGGAGAUGAUUUCUUCUUGACGGUGGGAAACCCUUUCACCGGCUUUGGGAAGCAGCAGCUCCGUGGGGUCUAAACUAGUCAAGUCUGCAUUGACGAAGAAGCCAAAGUGGGUGGCAGGAGGUUUCUGGGGAGCAAGCCCUUACUUGCUUAGCAUUGGUUGUGUGGCACAAAGAGCUCCUAGGAAAGUGUUUCUGGGGCAACUGCAGUCAUUCCUGGUAGGGUGGAAUCAGUUUGCCAGCCCUUGCCUGAUAUUUACUGGAAAGUUCCAAUUUCUAUCUCUGGGUCACCUCACCACCUCUCCUCCCAUUUUGUGGUCCUGGCCAGUAGUAGAGCGAAUUACCUUCUCACCAAUGACUGGGUAAUUUAUAUUUCUUUGUAAUCAAGACUUUGGAUACCAAAGUCUGUUAUUGGUCUCCAAGGUGUGGCUCUGACAGCCGUUUGGAGAAUCCGCACCUGUUUCACGCUGAGAAGAGAGGAGACCUGACCGGGCAGUUGACCAGCAGCCACAGAACUUGUUCUUGAGGCCUGACCACAAUGUUUAUCUUGACAUGUCUCUGGUCUUCUGCACAGAACGUUGUCUCUGUUUCCUAGCAGGGUGGAUAGGAUAUCAGAUGGUCAGAACAAAUAAAGUUCAGUGUCAAAUGA